AUGUCCCCUAUCACCAUUAUUGUUCAACAUAAUGCUGGAAGUUCUAUCCAGUGCAAUCAAUUAAGAGAGUCUGCAACACCUUUGAAAAAUAAUAAUAGAGAAACUAAUUCAGUACAGAGUGGACCUGAAAGAAAAGUGGAACCUAACAAAUGUGAACUCAACCCAGAUGGCAAACAAUCUUCAGAUGGCAAAGUCAGAAAUCUAUUUGCUUCCUUUCCAAAGGAGGAGUCCUCCAUUAAUUAUGCAUUUAAAACACCAGAAAAGGCGAAAGAGAAGGAAAUAUCUGAAGAUCCUUCCUCAGAUGAUGAUGUUCUCAUUGUGUAUGAACUAACUCCGACUGCUGAGCAGAAAGCCCUUGCAACCAAACUCAAACUUCCUCCAACUUUCUUCUGUUAUAAGAAUAGACCAGAUUAUGUUAGUGAAGAAGAAGAGGAUGAUGAAGAUUUUGAAACAGCUGUCAAGAAACUUAAUGGAAAACUAUAUCUGGAUGAUUCAGAAAAAUGUUGGCCAUUAGAAGAAAAUCUAGCAGAUAAUGAGAAGGAAUGUGUUAUUGUUUGGGAAAAGAAACCAACAGUUGAAGAGAAGGCAAAAGCAGAUACAUUAAAACUUCCACCUACUUUUUUUUGUGGAGUCUGCAGUGAUACUGAUGAAGAUAACGGAAAUGGGGAAGACUUUCAAUCAGAGCUUCAAAAAGUUCAGGAAGCUCAAAAAUCUCCCAGUGAAGAAGUAACUAGCACAGCCAAAAGUACAUGUACAAGUGGGACUGAAGUAACACCUUUUUUUUGUAAAUCUGAAGAAUUUGAUUCUGUUAACAAAUCUCCUAGUUCACCACUUGUGUCUUCUGGAACUGCAGACAAACCUGUAGAUUCUAGAAAGGAAAUUGAUGCAGAUUCUACAAGCCAAGAAAGCAAAACAGUUUCAUUUGGAUUUGGAAGUAGCACAGGGCUGUCAUUUGCAGACUUGGCUUCCAGUAAUUCUGGAGAUUUUGCUUUUGGUUCUAAAGAUAAAAAUUUUCAGUGGGCAAAUACCGGGGCAACUGUGUUUGGAACACAAUCAACCAGUAAAGUUGGUGAAGAUGAAGAUGGUAGUGAUGAAGAAGUAGUUCAUAAUGAAGAUAUCCAUUUUGAACCAAUAGUGUCAUUACCAGAGGUAGAAGUAAAAUCUGGAGAGGAAGAUGAAGAAAUUUUGUUUAAAGAAAGAGCCAAACUUUACAGAUGGGAUCGGGAUGUCAAUCAGUGGAAGGAGCGUGGUGUUGGAGAUAUAAAGAUUCUUUGGCAUACAAUGAAGAAUUACUAUCGAAUCCUAAUGAGAAGAGACCAGGUCUUUAAAGUGUGUGCAAACCAUGUUAUUACCAAAACAAUGGAAUUAAAACCCUUAAAUGUUUCAAAUAAUGCUUUAGUUUGGACUGCCUCAGAUUAUGCUGAUGGUGAAGCAAAAGUAGAACAACUUGCAGUGAGAUUUAAAACUAAACAUGUGGCUGAUUCUUUCAAGAAAAAAUUUGAAGAAUGUCAACAGAAUUUAUUGAAACUCCAGAAGGAGCAUGUAUCACUGGCAGCAGAAUUAUCAAGGGAGACCAACCCUGUGGUGUUUUUUGAUAUUAGCGCAGAUGGUGAACCUCUAGGACGUAUAACCAUGGAACUAUUUUCCAACAUUGUUUCUCCAACUGCUGAGAACUUCAGAGCACUGUGCACUGGAGAGAAGGGCUUUGGUUUUAAGAACUCCAUUUUUCACAGAGUAAUUCCAGAUUUUGUUUGUCAGGGGGGAGAUAUCACCAAACAUGAUGGAACAGGAGGAAUGUCAAUUUAUGGAGACAAAUUUGAAGAUGAAAACUUUGAUGUGAAACAUACUGGUCCUGGGUUACUGUCCAUGGCCAAUCGAGGCCUGGAUACCAAUAAUUCUCAGUUUUUUAUAACACUGAAAAAAGCAGAACAUUUGGACUUUAAGCAUGUAGUGUUUGGGUUUGUUAAGGAUGGCAUGGAUACUGUGAGAAAGAUUGAAUCUUUUGGUUCUCCUAAAGGGUCUGUUAGUAAAAGAAUAAGUAUCACAGAAUGUGGACAGAUAUAAAAUCAUUGAUUUUCAUAGUAAAUUUUUUCUGUAUAAGCAGUUGAAUUGAAACUUAGCUGUUAAAGGCAAUGUGGUAAUUAUGUUCAGCUUUUGAAAAUGGAUGUUUCUGAUGUAUAAAUGUAAAAAUGCAGCUUAUAGCUUUGUCCUUUUUUUUAAUGUGUUAUAAUUGACCUUGCAUGGUGUGAAAUAAAAGUUUUAACACUGG